GGAUAUGGUUGGAAGUUUUCGUCCUGAUCAGACACGUUUUGUAACCGCUCCGUGAAGGAUCCCGUUGAAGCACCUAUAGAAACCCGUACACGUUGCCAGUUUUCACUAACCAACGGUCAGAAUGCUGUCUGUCCUAGCUAGAAGGUGUUUGGGAACCGUGGGCCGUAGUGUCAUUCCCAAGGCGUGCCAAUAUUCUACACAAAUUGGUGAAAACCGAGCUGAGAAAGGGCUGGUGCUUGGACUUUACGAACAAGAAAUUGAUACCGAGGAACCGCGUCUCUCGCCCACCGCAAUCCAUUUUGAUGCCAAAACCGACGGACAACUCUUGAACCUCAUCAAAGAGUGCAACCUGAAGGGCAAGCUGGGCAGUGUGAAGGUGUUCAACAAUCUGGACCCCGAAAUCGGAUCGAUUGCCAUCGUUGGACUGGGCAUCGAGGGAGCCGGGUUCAACGAGCUCGAAACCAUCGACGAGGGUAUGGAAAAUGUUCGCGUUGCUGCCGGCAUUGGUGCAAAGAAGUUGGCCAACGAAGGCUGCACCCAGAUCUACGUCGAUCCGAUGGACUAUCCGGAGCAGGCGGCGGAGGGCAGUGGGCUCGCAACGUGGCGCUAUCAGGCGAACAAAACGAAGAAGGACCGUAAGCCCAUUCCGAAGCUCGAUCUGUACGAUUCGACCGAAGUGGACGCAUGGACUCGGGGUCUGUUCAAAGCCGACGCACAAAAUUUAGCCCGCAGUCUGUCGGAUGGCCCCGGUAACCAGAUCACACCGACGGCAUUUGCUCAGGCGGCUGUGGAUGCGCUCUGCCCGUGCGGAGUAAACAUCGAGGUGCGCAACAAGGAUUGGGCGGAAGCGAAGAGCAUGUCCUGCUUUCUGUCCGUAGCCAAAAGCUCGUGUGAGCCACCCAUAUUCCUCGAGAUCAGCUACUGCGGGGACGAUAAGUCGGGCCGUCCGAUCAUGCUCGCUGGAAAGGGCAUGACGUUCAACAGUGGAGGACUUUGCCUGAAGGACCCGGAAGAUAUGGCCAAGUAUCGGGCCAGCAUGGCCGGAGCUGCCACGGUUGUGGCCACGAUCCGUGCAGCUGCCGCGCUGUCGCUUCCAGUCAAUCUGGUCGGGCUGAUUCCGUUGUGUGAGAAUAUGCCGUCGGGAAUGGCAUUCAAGCCGGGCGAUGUUAUCACGGCCAUGAACGGGAAGACGGUCGCAGUGCACGACACGAACAAUGCCGGUCGGUUGAUGCUGGCGGAUGCGUUCAUCUACGGACAAACCACCUUCAAGCCGAAAAUUGUUGUCGACGUCGCUACCAUCUCGGACGGUAUCAUCCAUGCGCUGGGCGGUGCAGCAAGCGGCGUCUUUUCCAACUCGGACUUCUUGUGGUCUCAGAUACAGAAAGCGGGCGCUCUCAGCGGAGAUCGCGUAUGGCGUAUGCCGUUGUGGCAAUACUACACACACAAAGUCACCGAUUAUAGCAACGUGGACAUCAGCAAUGCUGGCCGCGGCAAGGGAAGCGCCUGCUUAGGUGCGGCUUUCCUGAAGGAGUUUGUUCCGUGUGUGGACUGGGUCCACAUGGACAUUACGGGCGUUGGAAUGCUCAAGCGAGGUGCCGGUAUUCCGUACCUGGAAAACGAUCGCAUGACUGGGCGUCCGACGCGAACACUGAUUCAGUUCCUCUACCAACUGGCCUGCCCGGACCAACAGAAGCAAAGCCUCAUCGAGCAUAAGAAAGCAUAAGGUCUAGGAAAUUGUAAGCCCUGGUUGGAGAGUAGAAUAUUUUUGGCAUUCACUCAAAUCAAAAUGCUAGCAUAAAUUAGGUUUCUGCAUCCGGUGGCUUAACACCUCGGGUUCGAAUAAAGCUGGUCUCUUUAACUCUA